AUGGCCGAGACCGCAGCUUCGCGACCCCAAAGCACGGCGGAGCAGCUUGUUAGAACCUCUUCGAAGCGCACACGAGAGAUAUUUGCCGCCGACUUUGCGUCUCCCGCCGCACUAGACCACGCCUCUAAUGGCAGUUUUUCGAUCCACCCGACAACACCAGCACCCUUAGCCGCGGCAGACCAGGCCAGCGUCGCAUCGCGCAUUCGCAACGAAUAUGAGCAUGUACGCGAGCUCCCACCUGCACUGGCCGCGAAAAUGGCCAGCGCAGCAUCCACGGCGGCCGAACGACGCAAAAAGAUCAAGGCGCAGAAUGCCGAAGAGAAGGCAUCAGAUCCUAAGAUGCAGAGGAUGAUAGAUGGUGUCGCAGAGAAGGCGGACAAAGCACGCGACGCGCAGUCGAUGCAGCUAGCAGUGAGGGCCGGAGGAAAGGGCGCCGCGCCAAAUGCCCAAGGACCUACGCCAAAUAGAGACCAGACGUCUAGCGCGCUGGUGAGGAAGGACGUGGUUCGUCAAGCGAAGCCUGACUGGCAUGCGCCCUGGAAGGUCAAGACGGUCAUUAGCGGACAUAUGGGAUGGGUGCGAUCAGUGGCAAUGGAGCCUGGAAACCAAUGGUUCGCUACGGGUGCCGCAGAUAGGACGAUCAAACUUUGGGAUCUGGCCACUGGUCAACUGAAGAUUACAUUGACAGGACACAUUUCGGCAGUUAGAGGGCUCGCAGUGAGCCCAAGACACCCAUACCUUUUCUCUUGCGGAGAAGACAAGAUGGUCAAGUGCUGGGAUCUCGAGACCAACAAGGUCAUCAGACAUUACCACGGCCACUUGAGCGGAGUCUACUCGCUUUCGCUCCAUCCGACCGUAGAUGUGCUCUGCACAGGAGGACGAGACGGUGUAGUCCGCGUUUGGGACAUGCGAUCGCGCAGCAACAUCCAUGUCCUCGGAGGCCACAAGGGAACCAUUUCCUCAAUCCAAUGCCAAGAAGCCGAACCUCAGGUUAUUUCCGGAAGCAUGGACAGCACAAUACGACUCUGGGAUCUUGUCGCGGGAAAGACGCGUACGGUACUUACCCACCACAAAAAGUCUGUUCGGUCUCUUGCCACACAUCCAACAGAAUUCACAUUCGCCUCUGGAUCUGCGCAAUCGGCGAAGCAAUGGCUGUGUCCAGAAGGCAACUUUAUGCAGAACUUCUCGCCUGUCAACAGCAUCAUCAACACGCUCUCUGUCAACGAGGACAACAUCAUGUUCGCUGGUAGCGACAAUGGCGAGGCCUCAUUCUACGACUGGAAGACAGGUCACCGCUUCCAGCACACAGAAAGCAUCGCGCAACCGGGUUCUCUUGAAGCGGAAGCAGGCGUCAUGUGUUCGACGUUUGACAAGACUGGUCUGCGUCUCAUCACUGGAGAGUCGGACAAUGGGUUGUCCAAAGAACACCAAGCCUCCCGCACUCCCAACCAUCCCGCUCAAGAUGCAGAAACGGGCGGCACCCGCACGAUUAUGGCCCCCGUGAAGCGCAGAGAUCUGGUCUUCGCCGCUAUCGCCAUCUUCAUCGCCUGGGGGUACCUGACUCAUUGGCAGCCGAAGCUACACUACCUACCCUACGCCUUUAUCGCCGGAGUGCUCGCGACGCUUGCGCUGCUAGCAUGGCUCACCUUUACGAUUGCCUGGGACAGAGACGUGCGAAGCGGCGGGAAGGUCGACUACGGGCCGCGCCAUGUCGCCUUCGUUGCGCCAGACAGGUGGAAGGCUGAGAGGGAGGCCAUGAACCUGAGGAACACGUACAUGAUGGAGCCACUAUACCCCGCGUCCUUCAUGAUAUCGGACAGCAUUGACGUGCUGAUUGGGCUGAUACUGCGCGACUUUGUGAAGAGCUGGUAUGGCAGUAUAAGCAAAAGCCCAACAUUCGUCAACGAGGUGGACCGGGCAAUACGGGCUUCAAUGGGCGAAGUGCGAGAACGCAUACUGGCAGUGGAUAUGGUGGAGACAGUUGUAUCGCGCAUGAUACCUCUUAUCACGGACCACUUGCGAGCAUCGUACGAGGCAGAACGCAUAGUUCGUGGACGCAAGCUGUCACGGGAUAUCACGGAUUCUGAGGAGCUUGACCUGGCCAUUGCAGCCAAAUACAAGGAGGGUCGAUUGCAUCCGGCGGCUUCGCUGGCAUAUUCGAAUACCAAGCCUAUACAGCAGCAACAUCUACGAAGCAUCGUCGCGCGAUUACUGCCCACGAUCAUACCUGCGAACAUGUCCACCAGUCCUGCCGUCAAUGUACUGAUCAAAGAGCUUGUAGCCUGCGCAGUCUUAUUUCCUGUGAUGCAGAUGCUUGCUGACCCAGACAUGUGGAAUCAGCUUAUGGAGGGCUAUGGAAAAUCUUUGAUCCAAGAAAGGAAGACUGUUCGCAAGAUUCGAGCUGCCCUCGACGAGCACGCUCCGCCGUCACCGAAAAACCUCAAGAAUGUUCAAUUCCCGAAGCUUGCGCCCGGUGAUAAUGAGCGACGAUUCGAACGUUUCAUACGAGCCAUCCGGCAAACCAAUACCCUUGCAGAUGCCAGACGAUUUCGUAGCGAGGUGUCAAGCCAACUACGGAAGGACUCAAUGGUAGAGGGUCAAGACCCUGUGUACCUCCGGCGCCUAGAAACAGCGCGGCAAAUCCUGGAUACAAAGGUCGCCAACCUCAGCGCUGGUGGCUCGGUUCGGGCAAAAGUUGCCGAACAGGAGAAGCCCAAGCACAAACGUACCUCGUCCAAGUUCGCAAACGCGUCUCUGCGCGAAGUGCUGUACGAUGCCUCGGGCCUGUCUUGCUUUAUGGAGUUCAUGGAUCAGGCAGACCUGAUGAGGCUGGUACAAUUCUGGAUUGUGGUGGAUGGCUUCCGCAAUCCACUGGAAGUAGAGACUGAAGAAGCGCCAGACUAUAUAGGCGCGCUUCCUGCCUGGACAGAGUCUGAUCGUGCAGAUCUUGCGCAGAUUCACGAUGGUUACCUGUCAAAACCGGAGCUGAAGAUACUACCUGAGGCACGGCAGGCGGUUUCAGAGUUUCUCAAAGCUGGACGAAAGGCAACACCGCAGCAAUAUCAUAAUGCGAGGCGUUCGUUAUUGCGUGCGCAGACGGCAGCAUACGACCAGUUACAGGAACCCUAUUUUCGGAGGUUCAAAAAAUCUAAUCUGUACUACAAGUGGCUAGCCAUGGACGAGGCAGCAAACGCUCAGAAUAGCACCGUUAAUACCAGGACUGUAGCGCAAACCCUUGACAACUCGUCCACGGCGGCGCCUGCUAUGGUCCGGACCCAGUCACGGCAGAAGAGUGCGUUGCAGAUCCCGCAUGGAGACCUGCGUCGAGCCGUUGCAUCAUCGUCAGAUCUGAAGAGCCAAGGAAAUGUCAAGAACGUCGAACCGCCCGCACGACGCUCUCUAGAUGUACAGACGCCAUCAUCUGCACGCACGCCUCUGUUUGACGACGACUACGACUCCGACCCUCUUGCACACUCGACCGCAAGCCUCAACUCCGACUUUGGCCAUGGCCGCACCAAUGGUAACAACACGCAGGUGGUCGACGCCAUGCAAGCUGCUAUUAUUGACAUCAUGGAUGAGCCUGAAGGGUCUAUCUUCUACGAGCCAAGUCUAAAAUCGCCAAUAGACAAUGUCUCAAUGCAUGGAUCCGCUGAUAUACAACGAGUGUCGUCCCCGCGUCCUCAAGGACAAUCACAUCAAAGCAAGGAAGACCUCAAGCCAAGUAUAGCAUCACUGGGUCUAGUUGGAGAGCCCAGAACACGUGGAGUCUUUGAUGAUGAUAUUUUUGGCGAUGAGGAAAGAUUUCUGGAAGAUGAGAUCGAUGACCCCUUACCAAGAAGCAAAGCCGAUGAGGAAGAGAUACAUGAGGCAGCACCUGGAGAUCUGGGUCUUGCUGAAGCUAUCGAUGCACUUACUGCAGAUAUCGAGCGUCUUGUAUCGCAAGAGUCUAUCGUUGACUCUCUUACAUCGAAGGCGGAGUUGACAAAUAACGCUGCCGAACUGAGGAUCUUACGAAAAUCGAAAGCCAGUCUCCAGCGAGAGAUACAGAGGAAGGAGCUACAACGUCAGCAGUACAUUGUCCAGGAGAGCGAUAACAGCUUGUAUGGACGAGCCACUGUAUUCAUUCAAUCUAUCAUGGUCGGUACCGAGGAAGAUGGUAAGGAGUACGCUAUGUAUGUCAUCGAAGUCCGACGACGUGCUGGUGAUCAGAUGCCUGCCGCUACUUGGGUCGUCUCACGGCGGUAUAGCGAGUUCCACGAACUGAACAAAAGGCUUCGAGUAAAAUUUCCCCAAGUUCGAAAUCUAGAGUUCCCGCGACGGCAGAUGAUGCUUAAGCUUCAAAAAGAUUUCCUACACAAGAGACGGCUUGGUCUUGAGAAGUACCUGAGGGAGCUUCUACUCAUCCCAGCUGUGUGCCGCAGUCGUGAACUACGCGCCUUCCUUUCUCAGGCGGCGAUCAGUCCUGCCGAUGCGUUAAGAAACCAGAAUCCUAACUCCAACGACUUUGUGACUCGCAUCUACAACUCGGUCGCAGAUGGCAUGGAAGAAUUCCUGGGCAACAUACCUGUACUCGAUCAACUAUCUGUCGCAGGUCAAAACCUCAUAUCAGCCGCUACCACCCAGCUCGCGAAUACAAACGGCUCAACAGCCCAACCUGGCAACCUCUCUUCGUCCGGUGUUCUCGUCGCCGGCGAACCCAAUAACGACGCAGAGGCAGAGGCUGAGCUCCUCGCCUUCGAAAACAAAGAGCUCGAGCCUUUCGUAAAACCAAUCUGCGACAUUUUCCUUGAGACCUUUGAGCUAAACCGCGAGAACAACUGGCUUCGAGGUCGUGCCGUCGUUGUAGUCCUCCACCAACUUCUUGGUGGCACCAUCGAACGCAAAGUCCGCGAAUCUUUUGACAACCUGCUGUCUGAAAACAACAUCGUCAAGUACAUUGAUACGUUGAAGGAUAGCAUGUGGCCCAACGGCAGGAUGAAGGCAGGCGUUGAGAGGACUGGCAAGGACAAAGAGGGGAGUAGGAAAGCGGCGAGCGAGGUCCUCAGUACACUUGUGCCUGAGUUGGCGAGUAGUGUGGUGGGGAGGCAGAAUGCGCAGUUAGCGGCGAAGAAGAUUGAGGGGACUAUUAAUAAUACGAGACUGAAUACGCAUAUUGCUUUCACACUGCUAGACGAGAUGAUUCAGGUUUUGUUUCCGGAUGUCAGCACGAACACGAAAGGCUUUCCGGCUAGCGUCAACACAAACGCUGAAGAGUCGCUCCUUCCCAGCAAGAGUCGCCAACAACACAAUCUUUGCAGCAACACAUUGUUUCGCAACAUACACUCGAACUUCCGCUUGAAAAGAUUCAAUAUGUCUGGACGUGGCGGCGGACGCGGUUCACGUGGCGGACGAGGCGAACGAGGCUGGCGAGGAGGUAGAGGUCCUGGUCGCGGUCGCGGUCGCGGUCGUGGCGGCAACUCGUUCAGCGGUCACAAUGGCCACCCACAGCAUGAGUCAAAGCCUAUGAGAGCCAAAGAGACAGACGAGCAGAAAGAGGCCAGAAAGUCAUACAGCUCCUGGAAGCGCCAUCUUGGUGAGGCGGAGACUGAUCCGACAACUAUGCGGCGCCUUUGGGAAGGUGCAUUGGGCAUACUCGAAAACGGAGACAGAGACUGGCGCCAACAGUUCCCGCAAGAUCUCGAUGAUUCGGAUGACGAGAGCGGUCAUCGCCACAUUCUCGCCAUUCUACGCACGACGGUUGCUGGCUCAGACUACGGUACCUUCCUUGGCAAUGCUCGUAAUUUCCUCCUCACGAUUACGCACUCAUCGCUCCUACGUUGUCUUGCGGUCGACACACAUGUCGGAUCGAUCUAUAACCUCUUCGGCGGGGUCGCUGGACGUACGGCAGUUCAAUAUCUGCAGCGGGUCUCCAAUGCUCUCUCAGCAGCUCGAACAACUAGAUCCUCUACAUUCUCUACUGAGGACCAUCAAACAACACUCCUGGCGAUGGCGAUGGCGCUACUUGAGCUGUUGAACCGGGAGCGAAGAGCAAGAUUCAAUGACGAUGUCAUACCGCUGGUGGACUCAAUCCAGGCUGCAAACGAUGCUUACAAGGACUCCCCCGAUACUUCGGCAAGAACCACCAAUCGUCUCAACGACAUUCGAGCCCUGGUAGCACGUGCGCAAGGAAUGCUUGCUGACGGUGUAGGCGACGAUGACACUGGCGAUCACGACGAUGCUAGAGACCAGAAGUCUUUCUAUCCAAGAGACUUGGUAGUUCCUUCAGGCCGCUUCGACAACGACAAAAAGGACAUCGGUGACCUAAUACUCUUUCCGACUCGUGAUGAGAUUAUGACCGAUGAGAAAGAAUUCCUGCCAUAUACGGAUCCAGAUCAGCCCCAUUUCCUGGAAGACCCUGUACAACGCCACAUCGACACUUAUUUUCGGCUCAUGCGCCACGACAUCUUCGGAGAACUGAAGGGUUCUUUGGCUGGUAUCAUGCAUGCGGUAUCUCAAGAUCCCAAUGCGCUGUCCUAUGCCAAUCUUGGAGACAUGCGCGCCAACCAGUACGCCAACGCUCGUGUCUCCUAUGUCACACUCGACAAGCGAAAGGGCCUACAGGCUCAGAUGGAAUUCUUACAGCCUGCAACCGUUCGAAAGAAAAAUGCUGAUCAGAAGGUGAAGUGGUGGGAGGAGUCCCGGCGAUUCGAUAACGGGUCGCUCCUCUCAUUCAUCUGGAUCCAAGAAAACGUUGUUCAACACAUCUUCCUCACUGUCUCAGACAAGACCACAGAUCCCAAGAAGGAGUAUAGUCUCACACACAACCACCAGAUGGCUUACGUCAUGACGAGUUUGGUGACUGAAGACCGAGCAACAGUCAAGAUGCUCAUGCGCGCAAACAUUGGAGUGACCCGCGGCCUCUUGCUGGAGUUUCCUAAGGUCAUGCCAGCGACAUUUGCACCCACUUUAGAGAGUCUACAGGCUAUGCAUCGGCUGAACCGUCUGCCCUUCCGGCAAUGGAUUGUUCCAGACAAACACAGUGGUACCCCAGGGGCACGUGGAGUUCAGAAGAUUCCUCCACCCCUCUACGCGCGCACUUCUGGCUUCCGGUUCCCAGCCACAACGCUCAUGAAGGACAAGAAUGGCGAGCCAUUUUCGAUCGAACCGACGUCAUCAUGCGACGACGAGGCGCUCCUUGACAAGCUUGAGAACAAGACACAGCUUGAUCGCGGACAGUGUCGCGCAUUAGUUGCUGCGUUGACCCGCGAAUUUGCGUUCAUUCAAGGACCUCCAGGUACUGGAAAGAGCUAUUUGGGUCUCCAGAUCAUGAGAAUACUGCUGGAUAUCAAGAAGAAGAAGAAGGACCUUGGGCCCAUACUUAUCGUAUGCUAUACGAACCAUGCCUUGGACCAGUUUCUGGAACAUCUACUAGACAUCGGCGUGAAAAAGCUCAUUCGUAUCGGAGGCAUGAGUAAGUCGAAAAAGCUCUUCAACCACAACCUUCGUACCAUCGGCGACCAGGAGACCAAAACCAAAUCCGAGAAGUACAUGGCGGCUGUGAGGUACAGGAACCUGGACGAGAAUGAGAGUGAGGCUGUAAAGACCUUUUCUGGUCUUCACGGCUUGUCAAAGCGUGCGCAGUGGCAAAAUCUCAAAGCCCAUAUCCACGAGGAAUACCCAAGAAUCUACAACCAGUUCCGUCGUGUUGAUGAUCAAGGCUUCCAGACGGCUGGCCGUCAUCCAUUCGACGUAUGGAUUGCAGGUAGUGAAACACACCAUCGUCCAGUACUAUCCCCGGAGAUCUUACGACAAGUCGUACAGAGGGCUACUGAAAAUGUGUUCUCCCUGUCAGUUCACGAGAGGAGCGCACUGAUCGCUCAUUGGGUUUCUGAGGCUCAAAACAAUAAGACAAGUGAGCUUUUUGAGAUUGUAAACAACGCUACCAAGACUCAACGCGAACUGAGCAACAUCCACGAAGAGCGCAAUCGUCGACUGCUAGAGAAUUCAGAUGUCAUCGGUGUCACGACCUCUGGGUUGGCAAAACGUAUCUCAUUGCUCCAGCAGGUGAAGUGUAAGGUUAUCAUCUGCGAGGAAGCGGGAGAGGUCAUGGAAAGCCACAUGAUUUCUGCGCUACUUCCUGAUGUUGAGCAUUUGAUCCAGAUUGGUGAUCACGAGCAACUCCGGCCUUCAGUCAGCAAUUUCCGCGACUUGUCGCUCGAAAGCGAUCGAGGAAAGCUCCAUGCGCUUGACAGGAGUCAGUUCGAACGCCUCUCAAUUGGUGAGCCUGAGCGGCCUCUUAUGCCCGUUGCUCAGCUGAACGUACAACGUCGUAUGCGCCCGCAGAUAUCCUCGCUGAUUCGCAAGACCAUAUACGAUAGACUGAAGGAUCAUGUAUCUACCACAGAGCUGCCUGACGUUGUCGGAUUGCGCCACAACGUCUUCUGGCUUGAUCACACCAACCUCGAGAACGAGAAGGAUAGCGAAAUACACAACACCAAAUCCAAAUCCAAUUUGUGGGAAGUCAAGAUGGUGCAUGCACUAGUCCGGCAUGUCGUUCGACAAGGUGUUUACAAGUCAGAUGAUAUCGCGGUAUUAACACCAUAUACUGGCCAGCUUCAGAAACUCCGAGCUGCUAUGCGCAGCGAUUUUGAGAUUUGUCUCAGCGAUCGCGACAAAGAAGCGCUCGAGAGGGAUGGUUUUGCAGUGGACAGCGACAGCAGUCCGGACGUUGCGACAACCGAUCAUGAGAGCCAUCAAGGCAAGCCGUUGGAAAAGAAGCAGCUCUCGGAGCUAUUAAGAAUCGCUACGGUUGACAACUUCCAAGGUGAAGAGGCCAAAAUUAUCAUCGUCUCGCUUGUUCGAAGCAACGAGAGGCAAAAUGUCGGAUUUCUCAAGACAACAAACCGUAUCAAUGUCUUGUUGAGUCGCGCUCAGCAUGGCAUGUAUCUCAUUGGUAACGCAGACACAUACUCUAGCGUCGAGAUGUGGCAGAAGGUCAUUGGCAUGCUACGUGCGACCGACUCAGUUGGUAAGGCCCUGGCUCUGUCCUGCCCUCGGCAUCCCGAUACGGACGCUGAAGUACAGCAACCUGAGGACUUCCAUAGGCUAAGUCCUGAAGGGGGUUGCAGAGAAGCAUGCGCCGAUCGUCUCGAGUGUGGUCAUCAAUGCGGGGCCCGAUGCCAUUCGGAAGCGAUGCAUGCAGUCUUCCUGUGCGAGCAGCCAUGCCAGCGCCGACAUCAGCCUUGUGGUCACGCAUGCCAGAAAGCCACGUGCGGAGAGCCUUGUGGAAAAUGCAUGAUCCUACUCGAUAACGUACAACUUCCAUGCGGUCAUGUCAAGCAUGGUGUCGCCUGUCAUCGUACCCGAAACAUGUCCAGCAUACCAUGCGACGUCAAGGUCUCAAAGCCCGUACCUGGCUGUGGACAUGAUGUAAUCGUGAAAUGCUCAAAAGAUGUUUCGGGAAAAGAUUUCAAGUGCCCUACUCCAUGCAGUGCGCCUCUGUCUUGCGGCCAUCCAUGCCCUGGAACUUGCGGUCAGUGCAACACUAAAGAUAUGUAUAACCAACCGGUUGUCAAGCACGCAGCUUGCACGAAGACAUGCGGGAGAAAACAUGGAACUUGCAACCACGAUUGCAAUCGCCUAUGCCACGAUGGUACAGAUUGCGGUCUGUGUCAAGCGCCAUGUGAAGUACGUUGCAAGCACACUAGAUGCCCGCAGAGGUGUCAUGAGCCUUGUGCGCCGUGCAUUGAGCCAUGUGUUUGGUCAUGCGAGCACCAAGGCGACUGCAAGAUGCCCUGUUCGGCUCCGUGCAGUCGCUUGCCCUGCGACGAACGUUGUACGAAGCUCCUUCUAUGCGGUCACCAAUGUCCGAGCAUCUGCGGUGAAGUAUGCCCUGAGGACUACUGUCAAGAGUGUGGCAUGAAACCUGAAGAGCAGCCAGACAUGAUCAUGAUGUUGCCGUAUGCUGACAUUGACUUGAAUGACUCGCCUAUAGUCGUUCUCAGUUGCGGGCAUUUCUUCACGAUUGAAACACUGGAUGGACUUGUCGGUCUCAAAGACGUGUACAGUCUCGACGCAUCCACGGGCCUUUUUACCGGGCUGAUUGAGAAUGCUGAGCUUUCCGCAUCAAUUCCACAAUGUCCGAACUGUCGAGAGCCUAUCAAACAAUAUGUUACUCAGCGCUAUAAUCGACUCAUUAACCGGGCUGUCAUCGACGAGAUGUCUAAACGGUUCAUCGUAAACGGUCAACAGGAACUGCAGCAACUACAAGGCCAGCUUGAAGAAGUUCGAAAAGAGCUUGAGGCAUCGCAAAAGGGUGUUGUCCCGGCUGAAAUCGUCAAGCUACGUGGCGAGGCGGCUCACGAGUUCACCAUGCAAUCCAUCAACGACGAGAUCAGGAACCGCUCUGGGGACACUACCAAGCUAUUGAAUGCAGUCAAAGCAUUCCAACGCCGGAUGGACAUUCGACAUCAGCCGACCUACAAGCUGCACCAAGCAACUCUUCAUAGUAUAUCGCGAGACGAUUCAUUGAACGCCGAUUUUGCAAAGUUGACGAUUGAUUCUUCGGAAACGUCCAACAAGCGCGAUCGCGACCAACGUAUUACUCUUGGGGGUAGACUGCUCGAGAUCAAGGUUCGUUGCUUGGUGCUCGAAGACAACUUUGAGAUCAUGCGUGUCGUAGUCCGGAAAAAUCUCCUGAGUAAAUUGCCCCUUAGUUUUUCCGGGGGUUUGCCGCUCGUCAAGACGCAUCAGUUUAUGAAAGACACUGAAAAGCUUAUCGGUGAUUGUAUCCAUGAGAGUCUGCCCAAACUCGCAGUUGAGGCUAUACUACACUACGCCCAGAUCGCUCAGUCCUUCGGUAGUGCUCAGUCUGGUCAAGACAACGACCGCGCGAAAGCUAUCGACUACCGCAAACUCGCCAGGGUUCUCUUGAUGACGGCUGAUAAGCUCUGUGGGCAUCCUUUCGGUGGUAGAGAUAAUUUCCGCCAGGCCAUUACUGCUGCAUCAGAGAUGCUGAGCAAAGAGUUUUAUGAGGCGGUAUCGAAGGAGGAGCUGGAGUCUAUCAAACAGGCUAUGGUCAGCGGGCGCGGCGGCAUCGCAACUCACUCUGGACACUGGUACAAAUGUGUCAACGGACAUCCGUUCGCGAUCGGAGAGUGCGGCAUGCCUAUGGAGGUGGCGCGUUGUCCCGAGUGUGGCGAGCGUGUCGGUGGUCAGAGCCAUACCGCUGUCGCGGGAGUGUCGCGGGCAAUGGAGAUGGAGAUUUGA